AUGAUGAGCACUCAAACUGGAUUCGAUAAAGGACUACUCAAUGACUCAGAAAGACCAAAAUUUGACUAUAGCUUCAGCUUUGGGAGUCUCGUUGACGGAAAGCUUCUUACACACGCAAUCGCGAGAGCACAGAUGGUGGGUUGGAGUGUUGGAGAAGACGAAUCAGAAGAAAAAUGGAUGACCUUCUCCCUUUGCUUGGCUCAAUCCUUUGGGUCUGCUCUCAACAUCGUUGCUUCUUCCCUCGACACUUAUGAUCAACUUAAGAAGUACAAGAGAGCCAUGUCAAAUGCAAUUGCCUUAACAAAGCUGGGAGCAACGGUGUUGCACGGAGUUGAUGCAACCCAGAUGAAAUCCCAUGAUGACUUGAAAACGAGGGAAUUUGAUAGAAUUAUAUUCAAUUUCCCUCAUGCAGGCUUUCAUGGCAAAGAAGACAGCUUCUCCCUGAUUCAGAAACACAAGAACCUUGUACUUGGGUUUUUUAGGAAUGCAAGGAGCAUGCUCAAAUCUGACGGUGAAAUUCAUGUAAAUCACAAGACCACACCACCAUUUAAUGAUUGGUGCAUAAAUGAACUUGGGACACAAAGCCUCCUGUGGCUGAUAGAGUGUGUUGAUUUCAAAAAAGAAGAUUAUCCCGGUUAUACAACAAGCGAGGUGAUGGGUCCAGGUCUGAUGAGCCUUUCCCCGUGGGUGAGUGUAGCACAUUCAAGUUCAAGUUGUUAAUGAAGAAGGAACCCAUUCUCAGCAAUCAUCAUUACCCUCUGAGAAGCCUCAACCAACUCUCAUCACCAUCACUAAUUAGUUGCAGAAAUAGACAGCUUCCAAUCUUUGGAGGAGGAGGCUACUUAAACAGUGAAAUAGGGAAACUAGGGCCAGCUUCUUCUGGUUAUGCUGGUGGAACCAGUUGUGGCUUGCAGAGAUCAUCGUGGCGUGAAUCAACUAUGUUUAUGUAUCCAGAAACAGAAUAUGUUAGAAUUAUGGAUGUGAUACAGAAAUAUGGAUGUGAUGCUAGGGAGACAAGUUUCUGGUUGUGUUCAUGGAAUCAGUUAUGACUUGCGGAGAUCAUCAUGGUCUACAUCAACAAAGUUUGGGUAUCUAGAAACAGAACAUGUUAGAAAUAUGAGUAUGAUACUGGGGAGACAACUUUUUGAUCAUGUUCAUGGAAUCUAUUCUGACUUGCAGAGAUCAUCUGCAUGGCCUACGUCAACAGAGUUUAGGUAUCCACAAACAGAACAUAUUAGAAAUAUGGAUAUGAUAUUGGGAAGAUCUGUUUUGGAAUAUGUUCAUGGAAUCAGUUCUGAUUUGUAGAGACCAUCAUGGCCUGAAUCAUUAAUGUUAGGUAUCUUUCGAGUGAUAAUUUUAGGGAUGGAUAUGAUUCCCUUAAAAAUUUAAAAAGUUAAGGUUUAACUUUUAGCAAUAUAUAUGUGUUUAUAUAAGAUAAUAUCCUUGACAAAACUGAUGGGCUGUUAUUGCAAUAAAUUCUCUUGAGAAGGCUUUAAA